AAUGUUACCUAAAAUGUUAGGUAAUAUUUAAAUAUGAUCAUCAUUAGAUGCUUCCUUUUUGUAUGGAGAGAAGAGAUUCUUAAAGAAGCUUAAUCGAUAAUAUGAUGAAAAGUAUUAUGUUAUUGAUUAGUAAUGAGAUUAAUUAAAACUAAGAAAUGACAUUUGAGGAAGUUUUAUCUUCAAAUAUAGAUUGUAGAGACAAGAUAGAAAAGUUAGUUUCUGAUUCCAAUUUAUAAAAUGAUUUUCUAAUAAAAGCACAUAAUAUAAACAAAGAUUUGAAAAACUUUUAUUAUCUACCUUUAGUUGCUUUAACUUUAGAUCCUCCUAGUUAUUAUCCAGUAGAUACAAUUGAUAUUGAAACAAUCUUUUAACAUUUUGGAUAAGUAAUUAAUUUAUUCAAUUAUUCGAGAUACUCAAAGUUAUCAAUAAAGAUAAAAUAGCUUAUAUUUUAAUGAGAAGUAUAGUUGAAUGUUGGAUUGCAGUUAAAUUACUUAAUAAUACUCCAAUUGAAUUACCUGGUAGAUUUGGAACUAAUUAGAUUCAUACUCUUAAAGUAUAAUUAUGUUUUGAAGAUUCUUCUGUUCAUCAUAUUUAUCAAUUUAAUCAUAGAAAUCUGACUGAAGAAGGAUUAACUAUUUAAAAGGUAAGAAGUAUUAAUUUUUAGGAAGACUCCAGAUUUAUUUGAUAAUUUAGAAAAAGAUUAUAAAUAUAUAUCUAUAUUUGAAAUUGAUGUAGAUGUAUUUUAGAAAGAUUUUAAUAUUAAAUAAAGAAUAUUAGGAUUAAAGGGUUCAAAUAUAAUUAGAAUAUUAUAUUUAGUAGAGAAAGCAUUUGCAUUUUAAACUAAAGAGAAUACAAGUACUAAAUAAGAAUUAGAUGUAAAAUUAUUAGUGGAUGAAUGUAAAUUCCAAUUUUAUUUAGAGAAUCUGAAAAUUAGUUGAUUUUACUUGGCAACUAAUGGAAUAAAUUUGUAUUAGCAUAAAAAUAUGCAAAUGAAUUAUUUGCUUAAAUUAAAGAAGAGUUUAAAUUUUUUUAGGAUUUCCAACUUUAAGGAUUAAAAGAAUCCAGAGUUAGAAGAAUUGAUAAAUUUGUUUAACCUGUUGAAGUUUAAUAUUCAUAUGAUUCAGAUUUGUGA